GGCGAGAUCGUCUACAUUGGCGUCUUGAGGCUGCCUUUAUGGAGUAGUCUUGACCUUCUCUAACCCUGGCGAUGGGGGCCAAAAUCGGCACCUUGGAACCCGAUUGGCGGCAAAGACGGAGUAUGGAGGGUCACUGGGGACGAUCGUCAUACCGAGUGGAUCGGUCCGUCGACCAAGCCAUCGCCGAGUGUCAGCACUAUCACAGCCUUGUACGCUCCGCCCCAGACUUCAAUGCCUCCAGUAGGCUGGACAGCGGGAUCACGGUAUCCAAGGGGGAUGGUACUGACUCGGUUGAGUCCGACGGCGAGGAUAAAAUGGGGGUGAUUCCCCGUCAUAGAUGGGAUCUUGUUCAAGCCAACCAGAUCAGCCAGCCCUCAUUACCUUUCUACCAUGCUCACAAAAUCAUCCCUACUUCUCGCCCUCACGGGCGGUGCUCUCGUCGCUGCGGCGCCUCAAGGCUUCCAGUCGACCGACUCUCCUUGCGCACAAGUCUCGAAGCAAUAUGCGAAGGCUGUCAAAUCUAACGACCCCAAACCCAAAGUUCCUGGCGCGCUGGCACGUGAUUGCCUCUCGUCGAUGCCCUUUGAAAGCAAGAAAGCCGUGGCAUUUGUGGACGACCUGAGGAAGUAUCUGCAAUGGCAGUCGACUGUCGAUAUCCUGGAGAACCCGCCGACGACCUACCUGGGUGCCCCCGUGGAUCUUUGGGGAGGCCUGGAUUAUAUCCAACAACAGGCGCGUGCUGGCGACUUUGCCGGCCAGUACGAGUUCGACAAUGCCAUCAUGGAGCACUUCAACUCAGCCAACGAGGGCCAUCUAUCUGUCAUCCCUUGCUCCACAGGUGUUUUCUCCUUUCAGGUGGAUCAGCAACUCGUCUCCGUCUCGUCCGACGGCUUCGAGCUGCCUCACGUCUAUACGAUGAAUGAUGCCCAGGUUCUCCAAGAGAAGCCCAAUGCUGUCUCUCCCGUCGUAAAGAUCAACGGCGCCGACGUUAACAAACACCUGAAUGACGUGGCGAACCAAAGGCGCUAUCAGGAUCCCGAUGCUCGUUACAACGGGCUCUUCCAUUCCUUUGCUCGGUAUAACAGUGACCCCGCAGGCGGAUUCGCCCACAAUCAGGAUGGCUUGUGGCCUGGCGCGAAUGAGUUCAUUCUGGACCACGCCAACGGAACAACCACCAAAGCCAAGGUGAACGCUGUAAUCACGAGUGAAUUCAACUACGCCGACGGCAAGGAGUUCUACAAGGCCGUGUGUUUGCCCCAGCAGCCGAGCAGCUCUGCCACUGCCUCGCAGACCCCGACGUCUACGCCGACAUCCACGCCGACAUCAACACCUAAGCCAAGCUCCACCUCUGCCGUCGCCAAGCCGCCGACCAACUACCCCAAGGCUGCCGUCCGUGAUGACAACAACCUGCUGUCCGGCUACCUGCUGGACGAGCGCGAGCUGAAGGACGUCGCUGUGCUGAGCGUGCCCACCUUCAGCAUUAGGGCGGUGGAAAAGGUGACGUCGACCGUCAACAAACUGGUCAACGAAUUCAUCUCGAAGGCCGUCAAGGCCAACAAGAAGAAGAUCGUCAUCGAUAUGACGGCCAACCCGGGCGGUGAUUUGCCGUACGCCGCGGACCUCUUCAAGGCGUUCUUCCCCAACAAGACCCCCUACCUCUCGUCGCGCUUCCGCGCCCACGACGCCCUCUACCUUGUCGAGAAGGUUAUCUACGCCUUGCCCAAGGAUUCUCUGUUAUACGCCCAAGCCAUCGAGUCUGGCUUCGCCGGCCACACCAACCCAGACCAGUCCGACGACCUCACCCUCAAGGAGUUCUACGGCCCGCACAACAUCCUCGGCACAAACAUGACCUCCCCCUCCUCCUUGGACCUCGACGCCCUCUCCAAAAAAGCCACCCCCAUCCAAGGCUACGGCGGGAUCAAGCUCGCGCACGACAAACCCCCCUUCGCCCCAGAGGACAUCCUCAUUCUCACCGACGGCGCCUGCAGCUCCGCAUGCCCCAUGUUCACCCAGAUGAUGCAAAACGAAGGCGUCAAGACGAUCGCCUUCGGCGGCCGCCCCCAGUACGGCCCCAUGCAGGCCAUGGGCGGCACGCGCGGCACCCAGGCCCUCUUGCACCAAAUGGUCCAACAGGUGAUGAUCGCCGCGCUCCAGUACGCCAAAUCCGCCGGGGAUGUCCUCUCCGCCGACGAGAUCAAGAACCUGGAAGCCUUGACGCCCGCCAAGGUCAGCCCGCUGAACAUGCUGGAGAUGCGCCUCAACCUGCGCGAUGGCUUCCACCGCAGCGACAAGGAGAGCGAGAUGCCGCUCCAGUUCGUCUACCAGCCUGCUCACUGCCGUCUGUUCUACACCAUCGACAACGUCCUUCACCCCGCAACUACCUGGAGCUCUGCCGUCAAGGCUAUGUGGGGCGGAGGUGACUGCGUUGCUGGAUCGAGACAGUAGUCUAGCCGGGCUUCUUCCCCUAUUAAUCUGAUUUAUUCCCUUGUUAUCUAUAAUGUAUCUCCUUGACUCUUGUACAUACAUACAUACCCCUGCACAAGAACGUUAUAUAUUUUUUUAUCUUUUAUCAUUUUGUUUCAUUUGAUGGGUUGGAGUUUCCUCGCCUGAUUGGUUAACAUCGUGGUCUUGCAUUUCCAUAGAUUGAUACAAAAC